CUCUCUCUCUCUCUUUCUCUCUUUCUCUCUUCACCAUUUCUUUAUCUUCCAUGGAAAAACAAUCAUCAACUACAAACUAAAAACAUGUUUCUAAAGUUGUUUCUUCUCUUGUCUUUGGUCUCCUUCUCACACUCAGACUCUUCCACAGUUUCUUGUCCUAACGGCACAGACUUCCGUCAAUUAACCAGAGUUUUCCGUUACGUCUCCGGUUUCAACUCUUCUUGGUUCUCUUCUAACUGCUCCGCCGUCAUCACUCACGUCGUUCUUCCGUCGAGAAACCUAAACGGCACCGUUUCUUGGAACCCUUUACGUAAUCUCACGCGCUUACGUGUUCUUGAUCUCUCCAACAACUCUCUCGAUGGUUCUCUUCCCACUUGGCUCUGGUCUAAACCAGGUCUUCUCAACGUUAACCUCUCCCGGAAUCGGUUUGGUGGCUCUAUCCGAGUGAUUCCAUUUAACGGUUCGGUUUUGUCUUCGGUUAAGGAGUUGAAUCUCUCGUUCAAUCGGUUUACCAACGCGGUUAACCUAACCGGGUUUACAAACCUCACAUCUCUCGACCUUUCGCACAACAAUCUCGGUGUUUUGCCUCUUGGUUUGGGUUCUCUCUCCGGUUUACGCCACCUUGAUAUCUCAAGAUGUAAAAUCAAUGGUAGUGUUAAACCGAUUUCCGGUUUAAAGUCAUUGAAUUACUUGGAUUUGUCGGAGAACUCAAUGAACGGUUCGUUCCCGGUUGAUUUUCCGAAUCUUAACCAUCUCCAGUUCUUGAAUUUAUCUGCAAACCGGUUUUCCGGUUCGGUCGGAUUUGACAAAUACCGAAAAUUCGGCAAAUCGGCUUUCUUACACGGUGGCGAUUUCGUCUUCAACGAUUCCAAAAUCCCUAAUCACCACCGUCUCCACCAUCUCACUCACCGGAGUCCUCCACCGCCGCCUCGUCAUCGAAACGUCAAAACGCAUCGUUUAAAACACGCUCCUUUGGUGAUUGGUUUAUCGUCUUCAUUAGGAGCUUUGAUAAUCCUAAUCCUCGCGGUGGCUAUAAUUUUAAUCCGCCGGAGAAUGAAAUCGGCGAGGACGAAAUCGAGAUGGGCGAUUUCGAAUCCUACACCGUUAGAUUUCAAAAUGGAGAAAUCUGGACCGUUCGAAUUCGGAACGGAGUCAGGUUCGUCGUGGGUCGCCGAUAUAAAAGAGCCAACGGCGGCUCCGGUUGUGAUGGCAUCUAAGCCGUUGAUGAAUCUGACUUUCAAGGAUCUGAUUGUUGCCACGUCACAUUUCGGAACGGAGUCCGUUAUAUCUGACGGUACUUGUGGUCCACUUUACCGUGCCGUUUUACCCGGAGAUCUCCACGUGGCGAUCAAAGUUCUUGAGAGAAUCAGAGACGUUGAUCAAAACGACGCCGUUACUGCGUUUGAAGCAUUAACUCGGCUUAAACAUCCAAAUCUUUUGACUCUCUCCGGUUAUUGCAUCGCAGGAAAAGAGAAGCUUAUAUUAUAUGAAUUUAUGGCUAAUGGAGAUCUUCACCGAUGGCUACACGAGCUCCCGGCAGGAGAAACCAACGUGGAAGAUUGGAGUGCCGAUACAUGGGAAAGUCACGUCGGAGACUCAUCGCCUGAGAAAACAAACUGGCUAAUACGUCACCGUAUAGCCAUUGGAGUUGCACGUGGUUUAGCCUAUCUUCAUCACGUUGGUACUACUCAUGGACAUUUGGUCGCAACCAACAUCCUCCUAACCGAAACCCUAGAGCCGCGAAUCUCUGAUUUUGGUAUAAACAACAUCGCGAAAACCGGAGAUGAUAGUAAUAACAACAAUGUAGAAUUCGAUGUGUAUAGUUUCGGGGUGAUUUUAUUUGAGCUAUUAACCGGGAAGCAAGGGAGGGAUGAGAAUGUUAAAUCAGUUCGACGGUUGGUUAAGGAGAGAAGAGGAGAGGAAGCUCUUGACUCGAGAUUGCGGUUAGCGGUUGGAGAAUCGGUUAAUGAGAUGGUAGAGAGUCUUCGGAUUGGUUACUUUUGCACGGCGGAGACGCCAGGGAAGCGACCAACAAUGCAACAAGUCUUGGGUCUUCUUAAAGACAUACGUACGGUUUCACGUUGAGUUAGGAAAAAGAAUGGGUUUAGAUAAAUCAUGUGAGUAUUA